CAACAUGGGAGUGAAGAAGACCCAUAUUUCUUCCAGUCCUAAGGUACACGGUGUUUGAGGAAAAAAAAAGCCUCCACUGGAGAGGACUUCAAGGAGCAGAGCAUGUGUCUGUACAUGGCACAAUUCCUGGCACAUGGUAUAAUCUCAAUCAACAUUGUUCUAAGAAUGGAUGAAGAGAUGAGUAAACUAAUUCCUAGAAACACACAAACUACCAAAUAUGACUCAAUAAAUAUAAAAUCUAAACAGACAGGGGCAUGUUUGGUCUCUUUAAAUGCACUAUACCUCGGUAGGCGGAAGGCAGAGGAGGCGGCAUGCCCAUCCUGUUCUCACCAUAAGGCCGCAGCAGGUGUCAGUGUCCAAGAAGGUAUUCAUUCAGCGAGACUACAGCAGUGGCACACACUGCCAGUUCCAGACCAAGUUGCCUGUGGAGCUGGAGAACCUGACUGAUAGGCAGCAGUUUGAAGAAACAGUUGGAACUCUAAAUAACCUUUAUGCAGAAGCAGAGAAGCUUGGGAGUCAAUCAUAUCUUGAAGGCUGUUUGGCUUGCUUAACAGCCUACACCAUCUUCUUAUGCAUGGAAACUCAUUAUGAGAAGGUUGUGAAGAAAGUGUCCAAAUACAUUCAAGAGCAGAAUGAGAAGAUAUAUGCUCCCCAAGGCCUCCUCCUGACAGAUCACAUUGAGAGAGGACUUCGAGUUAUUGAAAUCACCAUUUAUGAAGACAGAGGCAUGAGCAGUCGGAGAUAAACCAUCGAAUUAAAGAUCUCUCCUCCAGCUGGGACCCUCAUCUAUCCACUGGCCGAUCGCAGAGUGUCCCCUACCUCCUCUCCAGAGCAUCAUUCCUUUGUAUCUGCUGCCAUAGCCACGGUGCCAUUUACUCCAAGGACUAACUUUCUAAAAUUCCACACCUGGAGUGACCUCUGGUCACUCAGCAUCCACUUUGUGUCUCCAAAUUGUGUAGGACUCUGUAAUCUCUUGAUUAGUUUCUGAGAAAACACAAUGAAACAUUUCACUUUUUUUAUUCAAAGCCGUUAAUAAAAUAAGCCAUUAGUCAGCUCAAAACAAAAUUCAUUUCUUACCUGCCACCAGGACAGUGGUUCUCUCAUUCCUGGGGCCAGCUUCCCAGGUGGCUUGAGACUUCAGUGAGUCCCGUCUUAACCAGUGUUCAGUGUUAUUUCCCCCAAAUUCAGAAAAUGCUUUUCUCCGGGAUUUUGGUGAAAGGUAGGCCAUGUCUGUGGUUUUGCUAACACAUCUCCCAGAUCUACCAGUUUUUCCAUGGCCAAAAUCUUAAAGAUUUAUUUCUGCUGUUCAGUUUCUCCAACUGAAGCUCAUUGGAAAAAUAAUGUAUAAUGUUACUUGUUUUAUUAUAACAGUUAUUCCUAAUUAAAACAGUAUUUAAUGCAAUUUCAAGUUAUUUUUCUUUGGAGAAUUUUUUUAUUGCAUUACCUUGAAUGUUGGGAAGAUGUAGUAUGUGUUGUGUGUUCCUUACAAAAAUAAGUAAGCACAAUAAAGUGGAUGCUAAACCAUCAAACACAUAAA